CUCAAAGAGUGGUGUCUGUCAGUGGCGUCUUCGCCGUCAGGGCAGGCACCGCCUCCUCGCUCCAUUCAUUCGUUUUUUUUUUUUUUUUUCCCCUUCCCCAUUCACGGUUGGUAGUGGGGCCUAGUCGUGAGCUAUGGAGGAUCGCGCUCUCCCGGCGGCCGGCUUCCUAUACUGGGUGGGCGCGAGCACCGUGGCCUACCUGGCCCUACGCGCCUCGUACUCGCUCUUCAGGGCCUUCCAAGUGUGGUGCGUGGGCAACGAGGCCUGGGUCGGCCCGCGGCGCGGAGAAUGGGCAGUUGUUACAGGUGGCACUGAUGGAAUUGGAAAGUCAUAUGCAGAAGAGUUAGCAAAGCAUGGAAUGAAGAUUGUUCUGAUCAGCAGGUCCCAAGAUAAACUGAAUCAGGUUUCCAGCGACAUCAAAGAAAAAUUCAAAGUUGAAACAAGGACCAUUGCUGUCGACUUUUCAUUGGAUGAUAUUUAUGACAAAAUUAAGACAGGCCUGUCUGGUCUUGAAAUUGGCGUCUUAGUGAACAACGUGGGGAUGUCAUACGAGUAUCCGGAGUACUUUUUGGAAGUUCCUGACUUGGACAAUACCAUCAAGAAACUGAUAAAUAUUAAUAUACUUUCUGUUUGCAAGGUGACACACUUGGUGCUGCCUGGCAUGGUGGAAAGAUCUAAAGGGGUGAUUCUCAACAUCUCCUCUGCCAGUGGCAUGCUCCCGGUUCCACUGUUGACAGUCUACUCUGCAACCAAGGCUUUUGUAGAUUUCUUCUCUCAGUGCCUCCAUGAGGAGUAUAAGAGCAAGGGCAUCUUUGUGCAAAGUGUCCUCCCAUUCUUUGUAGCAACAAAAAUGUCAAAAAUACGUAAGCCAACUUUGGAUAAGCCCUCUGCCGAGACAUUUGUGAAGUCUGCAUUUAAAACAGUAGGCUUGGAGUCCCGAACCAAUGGAUAUCUGAUCCACUCUCUCAUGGGCUCAAUACAUGCAAGCUUGCCUCGUUGGAUUUAUUUUAAAAUAGUCAUAGGUUUAAACAAGUCUUUGCGGAAUCGCUACCUGAAGAAAACCAAGAAGAACUAAAUGCUGAUGAGUCAUUGAGCCCCUUGGCCAAUACACACACACUCACCUGGAGUACCUGCCUGUCCCCAGAGGCUCUGCUGUUGUUUCACUGAUUAC